GCCGGCACGUCGGGUCACGUGGCCACGGCGGGCGUCCAGCGCUAGGCGGCGAUGGCGGCGAGGGCGGCGAGCUCCGGGGAGCCGGUGCAGCACAGCGCAUACGCGGUGUACUUCUGCGGGAGCAUCCGUGGGGGGCGUGAGGACCAGGCGCUGUAUGCGCGGAUCGUGUCGCGGCUGCUGCGCUACGGGACGGUGCUCACGGAGCACGUGGCGGCUGCAGGGCUGGACCCGCGCGGGGAAGAAGCUGCUGGGGGCGACAAGCUCAUCCAUGAGCAGGACUUGGCCUGGCUACAGCAGGCAGAUGUGGUUGUGGCUGAAGUGACACAGCCCUCCUUGGGUGUUGGCUAUGAAUUGGGACGCGCUGUGGCCCUCAAUAAGCAAAUCCUGUGCCUGUUCCGUCCACAGUCUGGCCGAGUGCUUUCAGCCAUGAUCCGGGGAGCAGCGGAUGGCUCACGGUUCCAGGUGUGGGACUACGCAGAGGGAGAGGUGGAGACCAUGCUGGAUCGGUACUUUGAGGCUUAUCCUCCUGAGCGGGCCUCCAGUAACCCAAGUACCUGACCACCCUGCUUCAUUAAAUCCUGACCCUAGAAAA